UUCCAGCUUCACAGCAUAAAUAUACUUAACCUAAAAGAUUCAUUUCAGUAGUUCACUGUUUGUUUACGGUGUUGUGUACAAAAUGCUUGUAUAGUUUACAGUGUAUACAGUGAAGAAUUAUUUCAAUUUCUCGAGAUGUCGGAAAAAACGAAAAACAUGAGCCACGUCAAACAUAUUCCCAAAGAUGCUCAAGUCAUCAUGUCAAUUAUGAAGGACAUGGGAAUAACAGAUUAUGAACCCAAGGUGAUCAAUCAACUAUUGGAAUUUACAUAUCGAUAUGUCACAUGUAUAUUAGACGAUAGCAAAGUAUAUGCAAAUCAUGCCAAAAAGAAGUUUAUUGACUUAGAUGAUGUCAGACUGGCAGUCAAGAUGCAGUUAGAGCAGCGUUCAUUCACAAAUCCACCACCCAGAGAUGUUCUAUUGGAUGUGGCACGAACCAAGAAUAAUAUUCCGCUGCCUUUUGUCAAACCAAAUAAUGGCCUCAGAUUACCACCAGAUCGAUAUUGCUUAAAUGCACCGAAUUAUAGACUUAAAAAUGCAACAAAGAAGGCUCUUCAAAAAUCAGGACACUCUUUGGUUGGCAAUAAUCAAUCCGGUGGACAGCCAAGAUCGAAAAUAGAGGGAAAUAAGACUAGUAUGUCGAUUGUUAAAAGACCUGGAACACUUGCCACUGUUGCAAGAACACAAACUAUUUCUAUACCGAAACCUGUUUUGAAAUUUUCCACAGCGGCAACAAGUAGUACAACGGUAAAAACACAAGUAACGAAACCGAAGAUACAGAUUACUUCCAAUCAAACAUUGCCGACUGCGAAAAUGGAAACCGACGAAUCAUUGAAAAGAAAACGAGAGGAAGAGGAUUACGAUAUGCCAUAAUUUUAAGUUCUGAAUACUAUUCUGUUUAAUUAUUAAUAUUCUCUAACACUCUGUAAUAAUUCUA